AAAAGAGCCCCACCUUCGGCUAUUGCUUUCUGAAAAGGAGUGACGAGUAUCUACCGUACAUAUGUACGGCGUAGCUCGAGCUCUAGAUGAUAAGGCUUCGGAAGAUGAAUGACUUGCAGCCAGACGGGAGCCCAAAAGUGGGUUGAACGGCGGUUAGAACGGUCGGGCGGCAACUGGGCUGCUGAAGUUUUCCCAUCAACAACUCCCUACGCCUCGACGAAAAUCAGGCGACGUGUAAAAAAGACCCCUGCCGAUCGCCCAAACUGGAUCCCCCGUCGCUACAUAGAGCUGACGGUACAUACAUACAGCUGGACAAGUUACGAGUAUGUACGGAGUACUCCUACCAGGGUCUACUACUGUUACUUGCAGGCUGACUUUACCGCAAACCGGGGUGAUCUUCGCCACAAGGUUCGGCUGGUGCCACGAGCGUUCCAAGUUGCAUCCUGCAUACUUUGGCACAGGCACCGUGCGAAAUGCCAAAAUGGCAUGCCACCCUCUUCAGAUUGAAGGGACCGUCGCGCAAUCUGAGCCCAACCCUCAUCUACGACUAGAGCGGCCACCUUCUCAAAUUGACAACCAUGAAAAAGUAAGGAAAAGAGACCGUAACAUCGGCGAGCAAGAUGAAGACCCCAAUGGGAGGUCAGGGCGCGACCACAACAUUCGCACAUAAAGAUUUUCUAGGGAGAUCGGAACAGCAAGCAAAGACAGCGUAGACUGUAUCAUGUGUCUCGGCGUGGACACCGCAGCACUCUUGUUGAACGAUGCCGCUUCCAACCAAAGCAGGGACCCGGGGCCCCUUCGUGCUUUUUUGCCAUCCCUCGAGAAUCCAAAAAGGUAAUACUCCUCUUGUACGUCAAUAUUUGUGACCAACUCUUCCGGCCUUGGGAUCCAGCACGACGCGAGGGUCUCGAAAGUCGACCCAUCCCAGCAUUGGCUACAAGGUGUCAGUCACUGUGCUUUCCCAUGAGGUAGAAUGUCACCCAGGGCUUUGUCCGAGGGACUCACCUCGCUCACAGCGUACCCCAUGAGUUUCUGAAUCCUCAACGGCAGACUCCUCGCUACGUCCAAAGGAACGCAAAGGUAUUGAUUCUCCUCUUGACGCAGGUAUCCUCUGGUCAUGAAACAGCUGAAUACCAGUCGCUCCUCAUCCGUGGUCGUAUUCUUGCUGCCACCGUGGUAACAGCUGGAGAGCAUGAUGAAGCCGUCUCCAGGGUUGAGUUCGGCAUAUACCGCGUCCUUCUCGUCUGGUGGCUGUGUCGUGUCCUCCAGAUGACUGCCAGGAAUAAACCUGGUGGCUCCGUUGGCCUUGGUCGUUUUGGUGCCCGCGACGAAAAAGCCGAUGCCGUACUCUCUCGAGUUGGGAGGCUCCGGAUACUUGUUCACACGCAGACGGUUGGCAUAGUGUAUGUCAUCGUCACGAUGGAGCGGCUGGUCAAACGAGUCCCCCGGGCGGACGGAAAAUACGAUCGUGUUGUUGACCUGCGGCGGCGAGACGCCGACUUCGUUCCGGUCGCCAUACCACGCGUAUGCUUUGCUGGUCAGAAACUGUUCGCACACCGCCUGGUAGAGGUCGUUGCCGAUCAGUUCAAGGGCGGCCGUUCGAGACUUCCCAAUCAAUCCAAAAGCACGCCGUGUGGAGGGUGGGAAGAAGUCGUUGCUCGCUGUCCAAGGAACGUCGGCCUCCAGGUAAGGACGCAUGUCAAUCUCCAUCUGUGCUAUGGCUUCUUGAGAUAGAAUGCCCCUGACAAUGACUCCGCCGACACGCUUCAACCCUUCCACCACCUCACCGGGGCUUGCACUUGGAGCAUAUUCCGGAACCUCGAGACGCGGUCGGGGUGGGUACGUGAUGCUAUGUGCCUGUCGGAGUUUGUCGAACGAUAUGUGAACAUCGCCAUAUUUGACGGUAGGAGGAGCGAUGUUGUGGUUUUUGGUGUCUGAGUCAACCGUGCCGUUUGUGGUCGCUGUUGGACUCAUUUUCCGAGAUUGUUGUCGAGAUCUUGAUGGCGGGUGAGAGAGUCAGAGAGUCAAGACAUCGAUAUCUGUCUCAAACAUGCCCGUCAUGGCCCGACACGUCAGUACUGGUCGCUUUGCGAUCACAGAUCCUCCCCGUCUCUUUAUCUGCAUCCUGCCAGGAUUCCAUGCGGAGUUGUACUGGUGAUGCCGUCCUGUGUCCGUGGAUGUCCAAUUGUGGGGUUGACUUGCCGUUGGAGCGCCGUUGUGCGUCCGACGAAGCGCCGCUAUUCGCUUCUUGCUUGCCCGGAUUGCAUAUCAUCGGGGGAACUGCUCAUUGAUAUUCUUUCUCCUAGAGAUAAGUUAGGGAAAUGCAGGUACAGUGAAUUUGGUGUAUAUAUUCCGCAAUGGCUCUUGUUCCUGGUGCGGUACGAUGUCUUUUUCUUCGCCGAGUGUCUCUAUAGCGCUUGAAAAUGGAGUCCAACAAAACAUCCACGAUUCGCAACGCCAGCAUCACUGAGCCAGAGAUUGGCACCAUGAAACCUAUUGCCAAUGAUGAUUUCGACUUGGUGCAGCUCACCGGGCACAAACCCGUCCUCGAACGGAACUACAGCCGCUUUGCACUCUUAGCAAUGUCAUUCAUGAUCGUGGAUUCUUGGUCUGGUAUUAUCGGGGCACUCGCUACCGGCAUCGCAAGUGGCGGAACUGUAAUGUUGAUCUAUGGCUCAAUCGCUGUCACGGUCAUGACAAUGGCGGUUGCACUAUCCCUCGCAGAGUUGAGUAGCAGUUUUCCAACGAGCGGGGGCCAAUACCAUUGGACUGCUGAACUCGCCCCGAAGCGUUGGGCUCCCUUGUUGAGCUGGUAUUGCGGGUACUUCAGUACCAUCGGCUGGUGUGUCGUCAGUGCUUCUAUCACCGUGAUUCUCGGUCAAUUCUUGAUGGCCAUGAUAAUACUCGUGCAUCCCGACAUCACCUAUCAGCGUUGGCAAGGCUUCGUCGUGUACGAGGGCAUGAACGUCAUUUUCAUGCUGAUCAACAUAUAUGGUCGAAAAGUCCUCCCGUACGUACACAGCAUAGGGUUUUAUAUCUGCAUCACGGCAUUUUUGGUCGUCAAUAUGACGAUUAUUGGGAGUGCAUAUCCAAAGAACUCGGCAGAUUUUGUCUUCAAGACGUUUACCAACGGAACAGGCUGGAAGGCCAACGGCAUAGCUUUCAUCGUGGGCCUGACGAAUCCAGCAUUUGCCUAUGGCGGUCUAGAUGGCGCGGUCCAUGUCGCCGAAGAAUUGAGAGAUGCUCGUCGAAACCUACCUUUUGUCAUCAUCUCGACAGUAUGUAUCGGGUUCUGUACGAUGAUUGUCACUGCCAUCGCCAUCUGUUUUUGUAUCCUCGACCUCGACAAAGUCCUGGCCACGUCAACCGGCGUUCCGAUCUUGGAAAUAUUUUACCAAGCAACCAACAACAAAGGAGCUUCUAUAUUUCUUCUGUGUGUCCUCUUCUAUCUCACAUGUGCGGCAACGGUUGCGUCUCAACAGACUGCGAACCGUCUGAUAUGGGCGUUCGCUCGAGAUGGGGCAUUGCCAUACAGCAAUCAACUGCAGUCGAUUCACCCUCGACACAAGGUGCCUGUGAAGGCAGCAAUCUUGUGCUGGGCCAUUAUUGCUAUCCUUGGAUUUGUGUACCUGGGGAGCACUACUGCUUUCAACGCUCUCGUGGGGUGUAAUGUCCUGCUGGCGAAUAUCUCCUUUGCUUUCCCCAUUGCCUUGCUGCUCUUUGGUCGCCGGAAAUAUCUCAAACCGUCACUUUUUCCGUUGGGGAAUUUUCUGGGUCCAAUAAUCAAUGCUGUCGCUCUCGUAUGGAUCAUUUUUAUGGUGGUGUUUUUUGAUUUCCCCUUUACAAUGCCUGUACACGCAGACAACAUGAAUUACAGUUCCGUCAUUAUAGGCGCCGUGUUGAUCUUCGCAGGGCUUUAUUGGAUGCUGAAUGGUCGCAAGUCAUACCAAGGGCCGGUAAGUCUAGUGGUAUCCUCGCAAGAGAUGAGUCAAACCACUCAUGUUAUGUUAGAAAAUGGAAGUCGGCAUCGACGCUGCAUUUCAAUCACAGCUGGAGCAGAGUACCGCAGGAGCGCCUUGUAAACGGUAACUUGAACUUCGCAACCAAGGAAAUGAGUCGGACAAAUCUGCGUGAUGGGCUUGAAUUCAUCGGGUGUUCAAUAUGACCUGGAUGUACAGCACCUCCGCACAAGUCACCGUCCGCCCCAGCAUGCCAGGUCAGCCCCUUUUACAAUCAUGAGCAUUGCGAUUAUAUAGGCAUAUCACGAG